GCGCGAGCGCCUUCGUUUCAGGCUAAACUUGAAUCCCGAUGUAGAGCGCACGGUUAUUUAUCAGUGUAGAGAUUUUGCUGUUGCUUACGUUUACAGCUGUAAUAAGCUGUCAGACGUAGGUCUUUCGCGUUCUGAUGCGAGUGAAAUUCUGUCGGCAUACUCGCGAGACAUGACGACUAUCGUGACGGACGUACAGCAGCCCGAUUAUCCCAAGUAUCAGCAAACGAAGAAUUUCGAGCUUACGCAGGAGGAGGCAGAAGUCUGGGUAGCGUGCGUGAACGGCUCGAGUAUCAUCAUGCCGACGUUCACUGUCGCGGCCAUGGGAUACGGGUUGUGCAAAUUAAGCUCGUUUCGCUCGUACGCCGGCUACGCCGGGAUAAUCAGCGGCAUGGUGGGCAUGAUAGUGGGUAGAAUAGUCAUCUCCCGAAAGUGUCUGAAGAAGGUCGCUUCCAUGCCGAACAGUACACUCACGGAGAGAUUGAUAGAAGCGGGUUACUACAGAGGCAGACCCAUGCCGCAUAGAGAGAGUUUAUAUUAUCGCGGCCCCCAAUCGCAGAGUGAGCUGACUGAAACUCAAAGCCCGGCGGAACCGUCUACAGGAGUAGUAUUCAACGAUUAUCCACAGAUGAACACAUACGAUACAUAUUCCAGUGACUUCCACGUUUCCGAGGACGCGGAACUGACGGAACCGACCAUCAAUCUGCAAAAAGGUGUCACCUACGACGAGCUGAGACGUAAAAAUCGGGACGAGUUUUACAAGAAAAGUACGCAAUGGCGUGCUUCCGGAGCGCCGACAGAACCUCCAGUAGAGAAAGCCAGACAGCAGGUUCCUACAGCCGACAACCCUCCGUCGAUGCAGGAGAAAACUAAAUACGGCGACGUGUGGGGUUGAAGCUUGCAAAUUAGUCAUUGGACUGUCAUUUGUUUAUCUCGACGUACUGUGAAUGCUACAUUUGUAUAUGUGUAUACAUAGAGAUGCGAGUCUGGUAAGGAAAAGUUGAGGGUUUGCUAAAUAUACGAAUAAAAUAAAUCACGUCCAGCAAU